AACAGACAGCAGAUCUUUGUGAUUCUAAUGGUGAUUCAUUUUUGAAACCAUCGUUCAGAAAGUGAAAGUAAAGUUCAGAUCGCAGGAGCUCAAACAGUGAGAAUGGCUUCAGCAGCUGAAGAUGAUUAUAUCUGUCCUGUGUGCUGUGAAAUCUUCAAGGCUCCUGUUCUUUUAUCAUGUAGUCACAGUUUCUGUAAAGAGUGUCUUCAACAGUUCUGGAGAACCAAGGAUACUCCGGAGUGUCCUGUCUGCAGGAGAAGGUCCUCAAGAGAAGAACCACCAUAUAAUCUCGCAUUAAAAAACUUGUGCGAGUCGUUCCUGAAGGAGAGAAAUGAGAGACAUUCAUCUGAGGAGAUCUGCAGUUUACACAGUGAGAAACUCAAACUCUUCUGUCUGGAGGACAAACAGCCGGUGUGUUUAGUGUGUAGAGAUUCACAACAACAUGACAAUCAUAAAUUCAGACCCAUCAGUGAAGCGGUUUCAUCAUAUAAGGAGGAGCUCAAUGCAGCAUUGAAGUUCUUACAAGAGAAACUAAAACACAAUAAAACAAUGAAAGGAGAGUUUGAGAAAACAGUUCAACACAUCAAGAAUAACCCACGACCAGGUGAUCAGGACACAUAA